UAAACGUCAAACGAAUCGCAGAAGUCCAGCUGGCGCUUGAUUUCUUGUGGUGUAUUUAUUUUGGUGUUUCAAUUGGAGCCCUUAAAUUUUAGUUCUUAUCCACUGUGAUCCUGAAAUGUUGCCGCCGUAACAUGCAAAAUGUUUAAAAUUGAGUCAUAUGUGACACCAAUCCUGUUAAGCUAUGUUGACAAAUAUGUACGAGACUUCAAGCCAGCUGAUGCACAAGUAUCCCUAUGGGGUGGUGGUGUGGCCCUCCACAACUUGGUGCUCAAAGCAGAUGUUUUGCAAAAUGAGGUUGCAUUGCCAUUCACACUGGUAUCAGGACGGAUUCAUGAACUACUUAUACAAGUUCCCUGGACUAAGAUAAUGUCGGAGCCUAUUGUGGUGACAAUAGAUACUAUAGAAUGUGUUCUAAGUCUUCAUCCGCCGGCAGCGUCUGAAGAAACACUUCCUACAGAGUCCCCCAGGUCGACGGUGGUGGAAGCCCCGCCGGGCUACAUGCAGGCGCUGGUGCGGCGCAUCGUGAGCAACAUCUCGCUGCGCGUUCACCACCUGAUCGUCAAGUACGUGCAGGACGACAUCGUGCUGUCGCUCAACGUGAAGCAUCUGUGCGUCGAGAGCGCCGGCGCCGACUGGGCGCCUGCUUUUGCUGACAUCGAUCAGAGUGAGCCAGUGGUGAGGCGGUUAAUGCGGCUGGACGACUUAACGCUCUGCCUGGACCGGGCGGAUUCCGAUGGCAAAAUACGGUUCUACCAAGAACCUUUGCUAUACCGCUGCCAGCUGGACUUUAGAAUUCUCACCCGACUGGUUUCCGCCAACACCCGACGAGCGUCCUGCCUCACCGUCCAGCUGCGGUCGUCCAAGCUGGCGUGGGGAGUGACCAGCGAACAACUCACGCUGCUGCUGCGGCUGCUGCGAGAGCGCCAGAACCAUGUUAACACCUCUCCGCCGCCGCCCAAACAGAAUGCGAUGAAUUCAGUCGCACCACAGGGUAUUUCAACGUGUAACGUGGCGGAGCCGAUCCGGACCGAGAGCUGGUCGGAGUGGGCAUGGUCGUGGCUGCCCACGUGGAUGGACAAGGAGGGCGGCGUGGAAGAGGCCACGAUGCCUCCGACGCCCAUCCCGGUCCUGUUCAGUGCCUACUUAGACCACGUGUCUUUAGUGUUUAAGGUGAUGGAGGCGGAGGGCAGCGCGCGCAAACGUGCCCGCGGCGUGAUGGAGCUUAGCGCGUAUCAUGCGGCGGCGCGCGCGGCGCUGUGCGCGCCGACCACGUUGCGCGUGCGCGUUGGCGUGCGCCAGCUGCGCUUAUUGUCACGCGGCAGGUGCAUUUGCGGACACCAGAAUCUUAACACAAUUAAUGACGAGCCUACAAUAUAUUUGGAGAGGAGAAGUUCUGAAGACGACAAAGUGCCUUGGAGUUGGCCUGACAAUUUUGAGACCUUGGAUUGUAAGGUUGAGACUGCGGAAGCGGCGGAGGAGGUUUACAGUGAAACAUCCGACCCAACAGAAUCUGCUGAGCUGAAAUUGAGCAGCAUAGAAGAGGACGAGCUGUGGCGGGCGCUGUCGCCCGUGAUCCUGCUGCGGUACUCGCACACGCGCUCGCCGCCCGACGACACCAACCCGUACGAGAGCCCGCCUGUAGACUUCCAGUACAGCGAUUGGCAAGAGGAGAACAAGUUGAGAAUAAUUCUGGAGCCAAUGGACAUUUAUCUUGGAAUGGGUCUUCUUCAUCGGAUAUCAGCUAUUCAACAAAUUUUUCAAGAUCUUCCGUCAAUCCCAGUUACAGAUGUGCCUAUGAGAACACUUACAGUAGAAGAAUGUGAGGCGUUGGACGCCAAUAUACCUCAGCGUAGGACCUUCUUAGUGAUACGGGGGUGCCGCCUACGAGUCCUUCCUUGGGAUCAUUCUCUGUCGGAAAAACAGACCUCACCAUCGCUAGUGUUAGAUGUUGAAUCGCCAGAAGUGAAGCUGAUUGUGUCGGGACCACUUUAUCCACAUAGAGUGUGUUCCGCGGCCUGCCAAAUGCCCAAAGAAGAGGGUCCGCUCUGGCAAGGCGCGCGGCUGCACGUGACCGCCACGGUCGCCGCCGUCGAGGCGCGCCUGUGCCGGCUCUCGGACGGGCAGUCACGGCCCGUGGCGCGCGCCGACCUGCGCCUAGUGCUGCACCUACUGCUGCAUCCCGAGAUGUUCGCUAAGAAGGAGACUGUCCACACCAGCUACAAUAUCAAUAUACAUGAAAUGAACACAUGCGGAUCUGCGGCGCGGCUGCAGGCGGCCUGGCACGUGCUGCAGUCGCUCAUCGAGCAGCGGCCUUCUCAUGUGCUGCGACACACUUUGCUAGUCAGAGACGCACUCAGCGACGAAGAGUCGGUGGCGAUCGACGCGACGAUGGAGGACGUCUCGUUGCGCGGAUUCAUCACGAGGACGGUGAACACGCACAUCGCCAUGGUGCAGGCCGCGCGCGUCAUGGCACUUUACUCGCCGAAUGAAGGGAAUGUUAAACAGGCAUGGAUAUUCUCCGCUCCUGACUCGCAGACUACCACAGGGUUCGUCCGCGUGGCGCUGCAGUGGUGCGCCGAGCAGUCGCAGGACACGGUAGACUACCUGGGCGUGUGGACUGAGCCGCUGGCUUUCUGCGCCGACCCUCUCUUCAUAGCGUGGCUCGCCUACAAACCGCUUAACAAAUCACCCACAACAAUAUUAGAAACAGCGCCGUUGUCAAGAGCCUCGUCAUCGUCACACUCUUAUUUACGACGCCGCGUCACGCCACCUUCGUCGAGCGGGCGUGGCGCCAGCCGCACAGCCUCGGGGUCGGAGCUGGUGCACGCGGCGCGGCUGCGCAGCCUCAGCUCCAGCAGCGACCACGGCGAAACGCGCCGGCCCGCGCCGCCUCCGCCGGCUAAAACCCCGGAGACGUUCCUGAACCCCGAUCGCCUACUGAAGCUGCACGCGCGCCUGCAGAAGCUGUUGGUCUGCGUGGAGUUGGGAACGGCGAUGGUGUACUUCACGACGGGCACGGCGUCGGCCGAGGGCUGCGCCGCCAUGCGCGACGCCGUCGAGCGGCUCGCCGCCGGCUUGCCCAAGCAGCAGGUGCUAGUGCUCAGUAUGGGGCGCUUAACAGUCAGCUCAAACUCUAUGAUGAACCAUCUUUGGGAUGCCGUCCGCCAUGACGGCCCUACGUUUAUAACAAAGCCAACUACAGAGGAACCCAUGGAGUCGUUCCCCUGGAAGUUGCGUCUAGCCGACGUGACGUGCUACACCCUAGAGCUUCGUCAGUACACUGACGCCGGGCGCGUGCAGGGCAGCGUGCUGCGCUCCACGCUCAAGUCCUCGCCCAUCUCCACGCGCCUGGUGCUGGAGGCCGUCACCACCACCGUCACCCUCUCCGUCGUUACCAAGUACAUGCAGAUACGCUCGUGGAAGGUGUCGCCGGACCAACAGAAAUCCACUGAGCGGUCGGAGCCGACCCCAGAUGAAUUGAGGGUAAAAUAUUUUAAAUCAGGAAUUGAUUUCAAACCAUCAACAUUAAAGGAGUUCGUUCGAGGUCCAUCCAGACUCCAAAGAAAUAAAAGUCCAGAGCGCAAGCAGAGCAACCCUCGAGACCGGGAUCCAAAAGAGAAGACCACGCAAGGGCCGGUGGUGUCGAUGGGCGUGCACCUGCACGCGGACACGCCGCCCGUCACCGUCCGGCUCGACCACGACCAGGUGAACAUCGUCGCUGCAGCGGUACAUUGUUUGAAACACCUGCACAUGGUAAUGAGCCGGACGUCGGUCGCUGUAUCUCGGUCAUACACGUCAUUGCCUGGCUCUCAUGAUCACAGGUCUAUAGUAAGAUCAGUGUCUGAAUUAAACGAGCAGGAUACCCCGUCUGAUGAGAAUUUGAGUGAAAAUUAUUCUGAACUUAUUCCCAUAUUUGAAUGUCGAGCAAUUCCCGAAGUGAAGCUGAAAACCUUCUUUUGGUUCCAAUGGGUCGUGGGCCGAGCGACGCUGGUCGUGGCCACGCACCAAUCGAAGCUGGCUAUGGAAAUUGACGACAUCAUAUCUACAGUAGACAUUCAGGAACAUUACAAUCAACUCAAAGUGAAAGUCGCUUCUGCAUCAGUUCGACAUCACAAAAGGAGCCACGAGGACUGGGAAGCCGGCGUGCUGGGCGGGCGGGUGCUGGAGGCUCGCGAGCCCAUCGACUCUAAGGAGGAGGACCAUUUCCUCGCUGUCACUAUCACGCAGGCGCAAAUAUCUAAUUUGCCCGCUAGUUGGAAAGAAGAGCUACACCCCAAGCUGUUACAGCAAAAAGGGUCCGGAGACAGUAUGUGGGAAAUAUACGCUACACUCGCGCCUUUAGAAGCGGUGCUGCAGCCUUCUCUCAUUGAAAACAUUAUGUCUCUAGUCCGUAAGAUGGCCCCACCGUCUUUUUGCCCUCUGCAAUCCGAAGACGAACCAAGUGACGGCAGCGCUUGGCAGUGGCCGUUCUGUUACGUCACUGCGGGCGGGCUGCGGCUGCUGGUCAGUACCGAUCUCCAGGACCCGGAAAAUGACGACACAUUUCUCUUACUGGUCGGCAAAGUAUCUAUCAAUCCGCACCCGGAAAAUCCUAUUUGUCGACAAUCCGUUACCACUGGAUUGGAUGGCUCUUGGAACUCUACCGGAGGCAGCCCGGAAGGCCGGCAGUACGAGGUCAACGUCAAACACGUCGCCAUACAGUCCGCACAGCUCCAGCAGAUUAUCAAACAAGAAGAGGCAAGAGAAAUCUACAACAAAGGCACCGGUAGUGAGAACCCGGCUGUGAAGUGGUCUCAACCGCCUGUUUCGCCCGUCGUGACAGCUAUUCUCCAUCAUGUGGACAUAAGCUGCAUUCUGGCGCCGGCGCUGUUCGUGAACGGCACACUGUCGUGCGGGCCGGCGGUGGAGCUUAACCUGGCCUCCGACUGCGCAUUCGAGAUCAGCCUGGAGCAGCUGAAGCUCGUGCAGUGCUUGCUCUCUGAGGCCAGCUCUUCCACGAGCUCUAGUGAGGAUUCUAUUCCUUCAAUGGUCUCCACAGUCGCCGUGUGUCCAUAUGCGGCUUUAUUUUUGAACCCGAAGCAAACGCCUGAGACUACGAUACAAUAUAGUAACGCGACAUUCUUUAAAGGUGUUGCUGAAAUGCAAUUGAUCGACGAGUCAAGCAACACCGGUAAAUCCGAUCGAGGGUUUACAACCGAUUCAGGUAUAGACGUGGCCACAUCAAUGUCAAGACUGAAGCUAGACAGGCCGCCUUCAAAGAAAAACCUCAGCGUCGCCUUUGCCGAGGAAAUAAUUGAUGUGUCAGAAUAUCUGGAGGUGUUUGUGACAAUGGGCGAGAUCGAAAUAUCGCUUUAUAUGGAAGAUGACAAUAGCCCCGCUGCAAUUGAUUUGAGGCCGCCUCCCAAACCUGAGCAAAAUACGGAAGAGGACACGGCCGAUUCAGAAAAAGACGCCGACCAACUGGAGGGAACUUCAGCAUCUGAACUAAAGUCGACGGCUAGCCAAAUGAGUAUUACCCACGGGGUUAGGCUUUUGGACACAAAACUUGACAUGCACGCUCAGCAGGCGUUGCACCUGCCCCGUGCUAGGCUGACUUCCGGCAAGUUGCCACUGCUGCACAUUUCUUUACACCAGCCCAAUUUGUACUACUGGAGGAAGAAAACACGGAAAAAUGUACAGGUGUCACUGUUUAACGCGUGGAUUGGGCUGGGAGCGGGCGAAAAGGAUGGCAGUCAGCCGCUAUUAUCCACGGCGAAAGGGACGCCGGACCCGGUGACCGACAUACCGCCGGCGCUCGCCACUGUCAAGAUUGUUAUGCCGACUGGUGGCAGCGGGCCAAGCAACUACAGCGGCGUCAAAGGAUCCGCGACCGUGGACGUGGAGCGGCCGGUGCUGCUGGGACUCUCUGCGGAUACUCUGCGCCGGCUAACACUCAUCAAUCAACUGGUACAAAAAAAACUGCAGAAAAAUAGUAAGAAAGGAAAUAUUACCUUGAGCAACGGCGAUCUUCAUACACCUCCGUUCCUAAAAUUGCGUAAAUUCAUGGCUAGCCACAACUUGGAGGAUAUCGUAAUCCAAAUGAGUCAGCUCGGGGUGACGGGCAACGAAGGCACAAUAGGGUGGGACAGCGCAUCGCUUCAGAUAGGUGCCGCGGCGCGGCCGGAGCGGCUGGUCGCGCGCGCUCUAGUGUCUGCGCUGCUGGUAGCCGCCGGCCCGCCCGGCGACCAGCGCCAUGUCCUCCUGCAACCGAUGAUGCUAGGUAUGGAAUUGGAGUGCAGCUGGGAAGCGUGGCGAAGGGCUGAGGACGGCGUGUCGGCGCGCGAGCCCUCAGUGCGCGUGACCGUAGACCUGGACCGCGUCACGCUGGACGUGCGGCCGGAAGACCUCGCCGCCCUCCGCAGGAUACAACUAGCAAUGGACACGUCGGCUGAUAAACAGGAGGACGAAAAGGAGUUCCUAGAGCCGCAGGAAGAAAGCAGCGAUUAUUUGAGGUCUUACUGUAAGCGGAGCAUGUCGGAGCGAGCCUUACCCGGCAUGGAGUCUGUCGAGGCCUUCGACCAGCAUUACAAGGACGACCUCAAAAGUGGAGCUUUUAAAAUAGUAACCGGGGGCCAGUUCCCGAUGGCUUACCAGGUGACGCUGCACGGCGACGCCAUGUCCUGGCGUUACCCGCACCCGCGGAACGUCUCUAGGAUCACGGUGUUCCCCAUACCUGGCAUUGACGAAGAAGUGAAAUGCAAGUUGGAGUUCUACGAUCCGUUAUUGAAAAGAUGGGAGCCGCAUACGUAUGUUACUCUGCCUGUAUCAGAACCCAACGAAAUGAAAUUAUAUGCAGAACCACCAGAUGCGGUUUUUGCAACAUUGUGGCGAUUUUGCGCGGAUUCUCAAACCAAGCCUCAAAAACGUACCUUCGAGUUCGACAUCACCAAGUUUAUGCCCAGAGUCGACCCCCUGGCACCUGGGCGCGACGAGCCGCCAGCGGAGGCGCGCGCGGGCCUCGUCAGCGCCGAGCAACUUUCCAGCGCGCUGCGCGUGGACUCGUACUUCUCGCCGCGCUCCGUGGCGCGUGUUCGCGUCGCGCUGCGCUGCACAGAGCUCGAACUGCAUGCGCACAACUCGCUCCCCUCUCUGUCCAGAAAAGCGCGUUCCUUGGAGGGCUACUACGUCUCGCGGCCGCUGAUGCGCAGCCACCGCGUGCUGUGCGUGAGCGCGGCGGACACCGUCGCGCAGGCGCUGCUCGGCUCGCGCGCUGGACGCGUACUGCUGCUCGACACCAAACUCUCAUGCGACGUCCUAGACUGCUCGACGGGCACGCUCGAGCAGAUGGUGGGAUCGACCCGCGUGCAAGCGAGUGCUUCCGUACCGAGCAACGUCGUUGUAUCGCAGGCUCGAGUGCGCGCGUGCUCCGAGUGCGUGCGUGUAGCGCUGCACGUGCCGCGCCUCAGCACGCUGCGGGCGCUCGCCGACGACUGGGGGCCAGUUUUACGACAGUGCAAUGGAGACGUAUCCAUGGAGAAAGAAGAGAAACAUUUGGACAGUUGUAAUGAUUCCGAAGCGGACAUGUCUGAAGUGUUGGAACUAGAGGGCCGCGUGUCGCUGUGGGUCCAUAACAGUUGCUGCAUCGCGCUGCGGGUGGGCCAGGAGGGCUGCGAGGAGAUCGCACCGCUUGGGCCCGGCGUGAGGCUCGCCUACCGAUGGCCGUCUCCAAAUGCACCGUUCAAAAUUCGAUUUGCCCUAGCGGGACCGUCUACAGAAUGGUCCUCUAGUAUACCGUUCUCUUCUGGCGAGAGCCGCGUGCGGCUGCCUGACGCCGAGGCGGCGGCGGGCGGCGUGUACGUGCACGUGCGCGGCGACGUGGCGGGCGCGCGCCGCACGCUGCACCUCUCCGGCCGCCUCGUGCUGGCCAACGCGCUGCGCCGGCCGCUGCAUUACAAGGUGCGAGCGAAGAAUGCAGGUUCGAAAGCGUGGUGUUCAGUGUGUUCUGGGGAGUUGAACGCCGAGACCGUGGGCCGGAGCGUCCUGUGCGGCGUUGACUGCGAAAUGGUGCUUAAAAUUAAGUUUACAACGCAAGACACCGGUUGGUCAGGUGACAUACCGCUUAAGGAAUGUCCAAAAGAAAACGUGCCGUGGUUAGUUAAAGUGCCGAGCGAGGGCGAGACGGCGUACGUGUCAGUGUGGUGCCGCGUGGUGCGUGCGCGCUCCGACGGCCGCGUGCUGGCCGCCAUCUGGCCGCUCUACGUGCUGUGCUCGCACCUGCCGCUCGACACUGACGUGUUAGUGUCGACGCAGAAAGAGAGUUCAGAGCCCGCGUCGCGACCGUCCCCUCUGGUGCAGACGGCGCCGGGCCGCGGCGCCUGCACGCACUUAUUGGCGCCCGGCACAACCGCGGCGCGCCACCAGCUGUCCUUCCAGUACAAAGACGUGGAGCACCCCGUCACCCGCGAGGCGAUUCCUCUGCACUACGGCGUGACCGACACCUCCGUGUUCGACAAACGGGCGCCGGCGAACAACAUCAAUGAAAUCGUUGAAGAGAUUCGUGAAUGGUUUGAACGGUCGGCGAGACGAGCGACGACCGACUGGCCUUAUUCCAUAGUCGCGUCCCAUUGGUCGGGGCCAUGGAGCCCGGCGAAAUUGCAACCACGCUGCGAUGUCACGGUGCGGUACGACGCAGUGCGCGCGGGCGGCGGCUGCUCGCUGCAGAUCUCGCUGCGGCCGGUGGCGCUGCUGUGCAACGCGGCGCGCGUGCCGCUCACGCUGCGCGCGCACGACGCCGCGCCGCUGUGCCGGCUAGAACCCGGCGCCGCGGUUUCCGCACCGAGCGCCCUUCUGCAGAAACCAUUCUUCAUGUCGGUGGAGAUGGGGCGGGAGACGUUCGUGAGCGGGCAGCUGCAGGUGUGGGCCGAGGAGCCGGGCCGCUACGGCUCGCCGCCGCAAGGCUGCGUCGCGCUCGACCACCCCGCGCCCUUCCUCAUACACUGCAAGCAGAAGGUGGCGUUCCUGACGCUGCACUACGAAAUAAAAGAAGAGAUUAACGUUUUGGGAGUGACCUCGACUUUCCUACUUAUAAAUAGACUGGAAACUAAUCUAUUGGUUUCAGGUAUAGCCGUUCCUGUUAUCAACUCGGAUGAUGUGAAUUUGCAGCCCAAAAAGUACAAAGUUGUCAGUCCGACCAAAGAAGGAAGUCUCGACGGAGAAGCGCUGAGUCGUUUCUGGGUGCUGGAGCGGUGGCGCGGCGGCGACCCGAGCGAGUUGCGUACAUACUUGUGCCUGGCGCUGCCGGCGCGGGGGGCGGACGCCGCGGAGCCCGCGCCCGCGCACGUGCCCGUGCUGCUGGCCGCCGCGCCCGUGCGCCGCGCCGUCGCGCUGCGAGAUCAUACGGGCAAAUCGAUACCAGCUGUGAUAGUGCAGCAGAAACAUGAAGGCCGGUGGGUGGUGACGGUGGCGCCGGACCCGUGCCCGCAGUUCGUGGUGCACAACCGCUCGAGCCACGCGCUCGUCAUAGCGCAGUCAGACCUGUUCGGCCCAGUGAAGACGAUAGCUGAAUGUCCGGGCACGCGGUGGCACUGCGCGGUGGAGGCGGGGGCCGUGGUGCACUACUCGACGCCGGCGCACAGCGCUCGGUUCCCGCCGCCGCCCCACGCCGCUCCCAACGCGGACCUCAUUCCUUUCCUCACUAUCAGCAAACUCAACGAGCACCAAGAUCCGGAGUGGAGCGAGGGGGUGGCGGCAGCGGGCGGCGAGCAACUAGUGCAGUUGCCCGACAGCGACACCGUCAAGCUGCGCGUGCGGCCCCAUCCGCACUCCUCGCUGCUCGAGUUGAAGGACGUCGACGAGAACGACAUAUCAGCGAGUGUAAUAAGGCGUCGGCUGGAAGGAUCCUUCUGUGCCGAUACAGGAAAAGAGGUCAAUAUAAACAGAUCGGUAGCCUCUAGUCAAUUGAUGUCUCCCACCCAAACUAAACUUACUAGAGUACCUGUUGUAAGCACGGACAUCUCGAGCGCGCCGGACUAUGCCCCCGUACAAGAGGAUGACGAGUCAACUUGUCAAUUAGAGAAAAUUAAUGAAACAAUCAAAUUGCUAGAUGUUGAAAAGGAGGAUUUAGGAGAUAUGCUGAAAACGGAACUAACAUACCGCAGUGAGAACAGUAUGGUGACAAUCGCUAACGUAAGGUCUUACCAAGAAUCCGCCGACGCUCUGCGAGGUAUCUCCGAGUCAGAAUGGGGUGACAAGGGAUGGUCGCCAGUGGAGCGAGUUCGUUGCGUGGUAGCCGGCAUAGCUAUUGAAAUGGCCGCCACGCCCGACGUCAGUCCGCUGCUCGCUCUGCAUAUCGACCGAGCCGCUCUCUCGGUGCAAUGUGACAGCACGGGCACUAAAGCAGUGGUUUCGAUCGCUGACAUCCAAGUAGACAACUUGCAAUACGAGAGCGGGAACUACGACUUCGCGGUGGUAGCGUCGACGCGCGGCGAGCCGCCGACGAAUGACGCGUGGCCGCCGCUGUGGCCCGGCGCCGCCGGCGACGCGUUCUCCAUGCGAGAGAACGAAGCACGCCUGAUGCUUCGCCUGUGCUAUGACUCGUGGACUGUCGGCGACGACGCUUAUAGAGAACUGACGGAGGUGGAGCUGCGGCUGGGUCCGCUGGCGCUGUACGUGGAGGACGGGUACGUGGGCGCGCUGGUGCGGCUGGCGCGCGCCGCGAGGCCGGCGGGGCCUACGCCCGCUCCCGGUGCCAUCGUCGCGGCAGAGACACGCGCACUGCAGUGCCCGCUGCGGUUACGCUCGUUGCACCUGCACCCGCUGGAUCUCACGCUCACGCUGCAUACUGCCGUGCGUAUGUACAUUGCGCUGGACCAGAGUCCGUUAUGCCUGAGCGCGUUCCAGCAGACGGACAUGGUGACGUGCGCCGAGCGACUGACGCACGCGCUCACCGUGCACUACCUCUCCGCCGCCAUAUUGGGCGCAGGUUGGGUCGUAGGCGGCUUGGAGCUGUUGGGUGCGCCGGGCGCAUUGGCAGCGCGCGUUGGGGGCGCGCGCGGUGGCGUGCGCGGCGUGGCGGCGGCGGCGGCGGCCGCGCUGCUGCGCUCGCUCAGCGCCUGCGCCGGCUCGCUGGCGCGCAACCUCGACCUGCUGGCCGGCGACGACGACCAUGCGCGCCGCGCCGCUGCCGCGCGCCGACGCCACCCCGACACCUUUGUUCAGGGACUUGCCGCCGGCAUCACCAACUUCGCUAUCAACAUACUUGGCGCAGUGGGCGGGCUGGCGCACCACCCGCUGGUGAGCGUGGCGGUGGGCGAGGUGGAGGGCGGCGCGGCGGCGCUGCGGCGCGGCCUGCUGGGCGCGCUCACCAAGCCGCUGUCCGCCACCGCCGACCUGGUCGCCUUCGCUGGCCACGGCCUUCUGCGCCAGACCGGCUGGGACCCCGUGCCGCAGCGGCGCUCCUCGUGCGCGGGGUUGGAGAGCGGCGGCUGCGGCUGGCGGCGCGACUGCGUGCGCUGGUCGUUCCGGCUGGCCGAGGUGCACGCGCUGGCCGGCUUCGACGUGCUGGUAGACGAUGCGCCGUUGCGUCUGCUGCUCACGCACAAGUACCUCAUGAUUACUGACCCAGAUACAGAGCGAAUCGUUGAAAUGGUAGAUCUUCGAUUCUGCACGCUAAGGCCCCACCAAGGACCUAUCGUCGAGUUGGUGGUAACGAGAAGACAAAAGGAGAAUGUUGUAGAGUCUAAAUCUGUGGACGAAGACGAUGAAUAUCAGAUAAGCAGCGCAGCCAUGGCUCGCGUGGCGCGGUACACGGGCGCGGACGGGGGCGUGGCGCCGGCGCCGAGCGCGGCGCGCGUGCUGGCGCUGCAGGCGCCCGCGCGCCUCGCGCCCGCGCUCCGAGCCGCGCUCUCCGCCGCGCUGCACGCCGUCUCCGACGACCAUCUGCACCUGCUCUAGCCGGCCCGCCGGACCCCAGCUAUGUGACAUCUUCCUACAUACGUACAUAGAAUAGGGAAUAUUACGCGUAACUCUGCGUAGGGGGCACACAAUCGAAGGGUACACCACGAAACAAGAAAAUCGAAAUUUCGUUAUCUAACCUCUCUAUCACUCUUGCAUAUUCGAUACAUAAAGAGGCAGAACGAAAUUCCGAUUUUAACGUUUCCCGGUAGGCCCUUUGUAAACAAACCGCCUUGAUAUAUCAAUGUUUUAUUUUAUUAUCUGUGAAAACUUGUCAAAAAGCUGUUUAAGGCACAGUAUGUAUAAAUUACUAUAGUGCUAGUAGUGCACUCUGGCGGCAGAACGUUGCAGUAAUACCCUCUAUUCACUCACUUACGUAGGCUGCCAUUACACUUGGUAUUCUACUAAAAAAAUAGCUAAAAUCUUUGAGGUUUUAAAGUAAACAAGACUUCCCUAUAAGUGUAAAGGUGAACUUAAAUGGGGUAGUUAAUGAACCAUGUUGAAAGUCGUAUAUUUGUAACAUGUAAAUGUAUAGCCCAGGUAAAAUGCUCCGGUUAACCUCGCAAUGGUUUGGCAGCCUCGUAAUACAAAUAAGGUAAAGAUAAUGCAUGUUCCGGCCUAAAUGUGUACGCAUUUUAUGUAUUUCCAUUGUUUUUUUUUUCACAUCAUUUUUGUGUAUGUAAACUCAACUUUAAAUUUAAAUAUAUAGAGAAAACAGACUUUAUGUCGAAUAAGUUGAUCUGCUGCCAGCCGUCUUUAUCCGAGGCUAGCUUAUCGGGCACGAACAUUAAGGAUCAUUCGAUCAUCAUUGAGAAAUAUUACAAUUAUAUCCCAAAUUACUAAUUAAUACUAUUUAUAUCCUUUACAAUAAAACAUUCCUUGAAGAAUUUAACGUAGUAGAUCCUGUGUACAUGUACGUACAUAUAUAGUGUUGGCUGAGUACCUGGUUAAAUUGCGUCAAUGUACGUCAUCCAUGAUGACAUUAAACAACAAUUUGCAUUUAAUCAUUUUGCGUGACAUUCCCAAAUAGGCUGUCAAAGUAAAUCGUCAUCAACGCGACCGCACAAUCGUAAGAUUUUCUUUAGCACGAAUGACGUAGGCAUACCUAUCGUUAAUUUUAAUAUGAUUCAUAUAAAUUGCCUUUCCUUUAAACAACUACAGUUCACAAAACGUUAAAAUUUAAGAGUAGGUAAUGAUAAUAAGCAUUUGUUGUAGUUUACGGAAAUUAUUUUUUAUCUUGAAUGAAAUAGAAUGCUAUCAUGACCCUUGUCCAGUGGUUCCGAAUAUUUUAUCGACAAGUACGUUACUUUGCUUAAUAAUAUUGUUUGCUGACAUGUAUGAUAUGUACGAGUAUUACUCUCUUGGAAACCACUUUGAAACACAUUGUAAAUCUGUGGUCCUCGGACUGUCGUUUGAGAACUAUGUCCUAGUCAAAAAAUUAUUAAAUAACAUUGUACGCAUUGACCUUUUACAUAACUCCUUGAGAUAGACUCCUUAUGACUUUUAUUAACAUCUAGACUUGACCUUCUGUCAAACCGCUUUUAGAAGUGUAUACAGUAUUAUAAAAUUAAAAUCUUGUAUUAUUUAUUUAUAUAUUUGCUUAAUCGAAUCUAAUGUUUGAGCGUUCCAGUUUCCAGACUAUUCUAAACAACCACAUUAAUUAAAUUAACUUCAUCCUAUGUAUUAGGUUAGGUAUACGUAAUCAAAUUAAGAUGAAAAACACGCGAAUGUUUAUAAACAUAUAGUCCGAUGGCCGGCUGCAUGAAACCCAUCUCAUAAAAAAAUAGAAAAUACCUACCUACUCUAACUUAUUUCUGGUCGGAUUCCCAGUCUAAAGUGAGGCCGACCAAGAUAUACGUCAACAGGUUUAAUUUAGGUACUUAUUUUAAUCCGUUUCUUUUAUUCUAUUUUUGAUGGGUUUUUUUUUGAUUAAUUUUUGUACCACUUUUUUGCUAUUUACACAAAAUUUGCUAAUUAAAUAAGCCGCGGCCGACCAAGAGCAGUUGAAGCUACUAAAAGUCAGCUACCCCCACAGAGUAGGUAUUUAAAUUUUUGUAUCAGGUGGGUUUCAUGCAGCCGGCCACUGGACUAUAAGGUUGUAGAGCUAGAGUACCUAUAUAUAAUUAUGUAAAUUUUGUACAUUUACGAAGUCAAGGUGGAACGCUAUCGAGCUAGUUGGUAGAUUACAUGGUAACAUGUUAUUAAUUUACGAGAUUUAAUCAUUACUCUAGGAUGAAUUGUGACAAAGGAAUUUACUAAUUUACAAUAUUGAUUAGGUUACCUUACUAUCGGUAGGUGCCAAAUGAGUGUAACACCUUGGCUUUAUCUUGUUUGUGGCCUUUUUCACACGACAUAGUGAGAGAGAGAGAUAGCGAUAUCUUACUUCUAUUACCUAGUUACUGUAUAUUAGAGAGAAAGGAUCUACUUUAGUCUAUUAAAAUAAAACCAGACUGACGGCAUUUGUAAAUAUAUAUUACCACUGUGUUAGGAGUGAAUAUAAAAUUGAAUUCAUUGUUAUUAUUUAGGUACAGUCGACGAAAGCGACAGUAAAGAGACAAAUACCCAAUAGUAUUCCACGGUGUUGUACAUAUUAAUAUUAAUACAUUUAAGUAUUAGCACCAUUUAAUCAAAUGUCUAUGAGUUGCAUCCAACUCUCUCAAAAAUAGGUAUGUCUAAUCAGACCGUGCAAUAUUACUUAUGUAUAUUUGAAAUUUUUAAUGAUUUUUUAACUUGUCAAAAUUAUAACUAAAUAAAGAAUAAAAACUAUGAAUUUUAA